AUGAUGUGUUCUUACUGCUUUGAAACAGUGAUAUCAGAGAACUCUUAUGAAGAGCACCAACUCAGCGGAGCGAAAAAUAAAAAAUAAUUUCGCAAGCGAACUUUAAAAUUAGUCGUGAAAAAAUCCCCUUAAACGGUUGUUGCAUAUUAUAUUACGGAGAACCGGUUUGACUCGAAACUUUAAAUUACACCCAGAGCGAUGGGUAGCUCAAAGUCCAAAAUAGGUACACCAAAAAAUCCUCUACAAGAAUUGCAGUUAAAAGAAAUUUUGCGCGAACAGAAAAUCAAGAAAAGAGAAAAACAGCAAAAGGCUCUUCGAAAAAUUCAAGAAAAAAAUAUUAAAAAACAACAGAAACAUCAAAAACACAAUCAAAAUACAAAAAACGAUCGGGAAAUUUCGGAGUCUCAACAAAGUUAUCAGCUAAAUCAACAGGAGUAUGAGUUAAAAAUCGAACAGAGCCUAAAACAUCAAUUGGAUAAUGAUCUUUGUGUGUUUAUUUUAAAUCAGAUGGCGUUUACGUUGCAAUUCUUCGGGAACUUUGAACGAGAAAUAUCAGCAGCUUACGAGUAUCUUUGGAAGCAAAUGGAAAAUAAUCUCAAUCAGCAAUUCGAAGAACAUUCUGUUCUUAUGUCGAAUGCUUUGGACGCAGCUGUGGAAAAACGUGUGAGAUAUAAACCAAUGCAUGGCCCAGAAAAAUACUCCUUUCAACCUUUGCAACCCCAAACUAUGUACGUUGUGUUCGAAAACAUAGAUAUUGCCCGACCAAAUGAAGCUAACUACGACUCUCUAUCUCCAAUUUGCAAGGUUGACAUGGAAACGGAUUUUUACAAAACAACUCCAUGUAGCGCUGAAUACGCUUCGAUUCUCAAAAGUACCAAAUGGAAGGGUUAUGUGCGGCUGAUGCUUCGAAAUCCACACCUCGGAAAUGCUAACGGCGUCGUUGUUCGGCCAAAGUCAAUAGCAACUUCUGAUGAAGGCAUUUAUUUUGCUUCUGAGAGUACGAUAUCAUCGUCAAGCGUUAGACGACGUGAUGGAUUUCGUUAUUCCAACAGUAGUGGAUACAAUUCUGGUCCUGAGUAUGACUAUGCUUACAUCACUCAUCUAAAUUCACAUCAUCCUCUGACAGAAUUAGCAAUGACAAACAUCCAGGUUGACACAAAAAUUUUGCCCGAACCUUGUGUUGCUAAUUUUCAUGAUUUCAUUGAAAUUCCAGAUGAGGAUGAGGAAGAUGAAGAAGAUGAGGAGGCACUGGAAGAAGGGUUAGAUUUUGAUGAAGAUUUUCAUCUGAAACACUUUUCCAAAUUCAACUAUCCACCAGUCAAGUAUUUGAACUCAAAAGAAUUCAUGAGAUACUUUGCGGAAUUGCUUCGUCGAAAACUUGCCCCAAAACUUGGUCUCAGUGAAGAUGAGUUCGUGAAUGGAACAUACAGAGGUGCUUCAAUACACACGAAGAGCUAUGAAAUUAUUCCGGCCAUUCAUGUAGCUCACAAUGCCCAGAAUUGGCCUGACUGUGCUUUUCAAUUUAAACGACGUGAGCGUCCAACUCGAACGAACCCUUUGACGAAAAAACACUUUCAAUGGCCAACUCCAGAGAUGAUUAAACGAGUUGAGACUUUUGGCUUUCAUGUCAUUCCAAUGGGACACGCUCCCAAAAGGCAAAGAAAUCCGUAUCGAGAAAUCGAGUGGAAAAUUAUAUUUCCGAAAGCGGAACGGUUUCUAGAAACAACCCUAACCAGCACCCAAAUAAAAGUCUUCAUGAUUGCUAAAGCACUUGUGAAAGCUUUUGUGGAACAGCACGAGAAGGAUAACACGUUGAUGUUUACCAUGGAUCAUCUUAGGACACAUUUAUUCUGGGAAUGCGAAAAAAACUACGUGACCUGGCCAGAGGAAUUUCUGGGAGGCGUGCUUAUUCGUUUCAUUAAGGCCUUUAUGACUCGCCUGCGGGAAAAGUGUCUUCCGGACUUUUUCAUUCAAGAGAGAAAUCUUUUCGAGAGCAUUCCCGAGUACUCAUUGGUUCGUCUACACAGUGCAUUGGCAGAGAUAAUAUCCAAUCCGGUUAUGCAUGUGAUGAUAGCUUUAAGAAACCUUUAUCUUGUAGAUGACUUUAUACCGAAAAUGGACUACAAGAAAAUCUACAACAAUUUGAUCGAAUGUAACUAUUUGAAGUUGAAGAACCUGUCGAAGAAUUCUAAGAUUGUUCCCCUACUAGAAGGCAUGAAAGCAGAUCUAUCUGGUAUGCUUGAAGAAACAACUGAUGUUCAUGGAUUGAUUGGCUUCGCCCAGCAGAAGGAAAAGAUCAAAGGACCCAUGAGACGACGAACUCUGAUGAUGAAGCAGAGCAUUGAGAUGAGACGCAGAAAAGAAUUUGAAAGGAACAGAAAAUCAGUGGAUUCGAUUGAUUUAGAGUUUGUCUUUACCAAAAACUUCAAAGAUUCUGACAAAAAAAAAGAUUACAACCAGGGCAUUGAGAAUCUUCGCCGAACUAACAUUCUCGAGAUAAUUCUGGACAAUUUGAUUGCGAUGGGCGAGACUUAUACAAAAUCAAAGGAGUACCGUUCAAUUUACCUAGCUAGAAUAUAUCUUAAUCAGGCUAAGAGACUUUGUAAGUUCUACAGUGGCUAUGGUUGUGAUAUGGGUGCCAUUGAAUAUAUAUCCAAGAUUCAAACAAUCGAAUCCCAGAUCGCUAUACUUAGCAACACAGAGUCAAAUAUUCCACCACCAGCAUUGCCCAUUCGUACGAGUCUUGAGCCUUUAAGUUCAUUUCGUCCACCUUAUAUGGAUUCUCCUAAAGUUAAGGAAUCAAGGUCAGAUGUUUACUUAUGUCAAAGUUCCUUGUCUCAGCUAGAGUCAACCAAAUAUGAAAGGGAAGGAAGACCCUCGAUCAAAUUUGCAAAUCCCAUAGAAGAAAAUCCUCCAAAGCAGCACAUAACGAUAAAGGCUGAUAUUCAUGAAAAUGAUUCCAAUUUGAUUGGGUACAGGGAACCUAGAAGGUCAAUUAAAUUUUACGAUGAGGCUGCAAGUCCAACGUUUAUAUUUCAAUUUGAUGAGAAUGAUUGGCUGCAGAGGCAAUCAUCCGUUGAUACGGAAAAACCAAGCAAAAGAAACUCAGAAAUAAGGAUACACAAGCCGAGCUUGAAACCUCCUCAGUUCAAAAAGAAGCCAAGAUAUCCGAGUUCCUCGUCAUCGGAUACGGAUACUGAUAGUGAAGAAGCUCAAAGGCCUCCGUCGUUCAACAAAUUUGACAACAAUAGUCUAAUAGUCCCUACGACAUCAGUUCCAUUCAGACGUACAGAUAGUAUACAGACUCCUGGCCUACCACCUACGACAAUUGAAUCCAUCAAGUUUAAAAGACAGCAACAUCAGUAUUCUCCUCGAUCCAAAUUGAAUCCAACUAAAAAGGAAAGUCUACUUAGUGCUGAGGCAUUGAAUACCAAAUUAAAUGAAGUCAAUUUCAUUCCAAAUACUCCAACAACAAUACUCCGAUUUGAAAAUGGCAUAGCUGAUUAUCAGCUUCAACAUUCACCUAAAAGAAUUUCCCGAUUAUCAUCUUACUCAAUGGAUUCUCCAGCUGUUUUCGAAAAACGUCGUACUCAGUUAUCAUUGAAAAACACUGAAAGUAUUAUCUUAGUGAAUGGUGUCAAUGACACUGAAACAUCAGAAUUAUAGAAUUCUUAUUAAUUUAUAAUACAAAUAAAUCAAAGAACUACUAUCAGCAAUAAGAUUGGGUGAUUUUAACAAAUUGUAUAAAUAUAAAAAUAGAGUUAAGAAAAAUACGUACAUAUGUACUCGUAUGUAUGUACAGUAUAAAAAUAAAAAUAUUGUUUUGAAUCGCCGACUUUUGUGUUAAUUAGAUUUUAAUAGCUUUUUGAUUGCAGAUACUUGUUUAAUCGAUAACUUAUCUUAUCGAGAACACAUUUUAUUAGACGCGUGCUUAUUCACCACAAGUACAAGUUUAUGUACUUUUUAAAUAAUUUCAAAUCACUUUGAUUCUUAAAAAAUAUCCAAAAAUCGUAAAUUCUAUGAUGCGUAUGAAGUACAAUAAACUUUAAAAUUAACUAAAACCAACUCACAUCGACACCAUGCUCGGCAUAAAAGUCUCCAGUUCCCAUUGAGGCAUACAACUUA